UGACAUUGGUCUUCGGAGAAGUCGACGGCAUAUUACAUGUUCACCGGACUUUGAAACAAACAAGGAAGGUGUUUCAUUUUAGACGAACAGCUCUGGGAGUGAACUCGAUAUAGUAUGACAAAAUACUUUGAGUAUAUAUAAGGAAGAUGGCGAGUUCAGGAAGGUUGCUAGUUGCAGCUAUAGACUUCGGCACAACUUAUUCAGGAUAUGCAUUCUCAUUCCGUCAUGACUUUGAUUCUGACCCCUUGAAGGUCAGUGCAAGUAACUGGACAGCAGGAUCAAGGGCACUGGUGUCCCUUAAAACUCCAACCACAGUACUUUUUGACGAAGAUCAAAAGUUCCAUUCCUUUGGGUAUGAGGCAGAGGACCACUACUCCCAGUUAGCUGAGGACGACAACCAUACUGACUGGUACUACUUUCGUCGGUUUAAGAUGAUGUUGUAUGGCAAAGACGGAAAAGGAGGUCUGUCCAAAAAAAUAAUGCUGAAAGACAUCCGGGAUAAAGAACUUCCUGCCCUGAAAGUGUUCUCAGAAGCCAUAAAGUUUCUGAAGGGACAUUUAAUGAAAGCGUUGGAGAAGAGGUCCACAGAAGUUAAGGACGUUGACAUUGAAUGGGUACUCACUGUACCCGCUAUCUGGAAUGAUCCGGCAAAACAGUUCAUGCGAUUGGCUGCUGAAGAGGCUGGUAUCAAGGGAGACCAGUUGACCAUUGCCCUGGAGCCAGAGGCUGCCUCACUGUAUUGUAAGUGCUUACCAGUGGAAAAGAUGUGUGGAUCAGAACAAGGCUUCACCUGUUUCUCUAAGGGCAGCAAAUAUCUGGUGCUGGAUGCAGGAGGUGGAACGGUGGACAUCACUGUGCACAAGGUCCAGGAUGAUCUGACGUUGAAGGAACUUGACCGUGCAAGCGGUGGCGCAUGGGGUGGAACACGGGUGGACGAAGCAUUUAAACAGAUGAUCAUCAAGAUCGUCGGUAACCCAAUCAUGCAAAGGUUUUGUCUCGAACAGACAUCGGAUUUCGUUGAUAUGUUCAGGGAAUUUGAAACAAAGAAACGGUGUAGUCUCGAAGAUAAUCUAUCAAAAAAGGUGACAAUGAAAAUCCCAAUUUCUUUGAAGGAACUGUUUGAGGAAGAAACAGAAGAAGAUAUCAAAGAUGUUGUGAGGCAAAGCAGUUAUUCUGGAAAGAUUGAGUGGAUUGGUGACAAAAUCCGGAUAGCACCAGAUACCUUCCAGUCCUUGUUUAAUUGUGCUAUAACAGACACGAUAGGUCACAUUCAAAAUCUUCUCAAUAAACCCUCGUGUGAGGGAACGGAAACGAUCAUCAUGGUCGGAGGGUUUGCAGAGUCUCCACUCCUACAGAGAGGCAUUCGCGAAGCUUUUCCGUCGUUAAGAUUAAUCAUUCCCUACGAGUGUGGCCUAUCUGUAUUGAAGGGAGCCGUGAUAUUUGGACAUCGUCCAAAGACAAUUUCUUCGCGGAAAUCUAAAUUCACCUACGGUAUUGCAACAAAUAAGAAAUUCAAAUCGUCCAAACAUGACCUAAGCAAGAAAAAAACCGUAAAAGGUGUUGAUUACUGUACAGAACUAUUCGACACUCAUGUCAGGGUUGGUACAACGCUAAAGACUGACGAGGUGCAAAGCGAACAAAAAUACAACCCGUUAGAUGAAGAUCAAAAGACUCUCGAUUUCCCUGUGUAUCAGUCAACUGAAGAUGACCCAGACUACGUUACUGACAGGAGCUGUGCGUACAUAGGUAACAUGUCUGUCAGCUUACCGGAUACCUGUAGAGGCACCGACAGGGGAGUCAAGGUAAAGAUGAUCUUCGGCGGCACAGAGUUAAAACUAGAGGCAAUCCAUGAACUCACGGGGGAAAAAACGCUUGCCAAAUUUAACUUCCUUGGAGAUUAAUGAUUCUGUUUAUAUUCCAUCUAUCACGGACAGCUCAAUGAUAUGUAGACAUGUAGGAUGAGUAAUAUAAACGUGUUUUUAGAGGCCAGAUACUAAACUAUAUAUAUUUAUACCAUUAUGAAACUUAACCAUAAGUCAUGAAAACCAUCUUAUGGUCAAAUGUCUUACAGGAUGUCCCCGUCUUGAGAUACUUAUAAAACCUGUUCAGAGUUACGAAUAAUCAUAUAGGAUCUUCUCAACAUGAUAAUGGGAUAUCAUCCACCAUUUUAACCCUGAGAUCCUCGUGUGUUUAUGAGUAGGAAUCGCAAGGGUUUAUUGUACUAGUGACAUCUUUCUACUCUAUGAGGACUGGUAAAACGUGAAAAAAUAUGUCGUUAAUUAACGUGUUGUCAUAAUGCUCACCUUGUCACAAAUGUAUAUUCUUUGUGGGAGUGUUAGAUAAAUCGCAUCCAUUGAAGGACGAUAUACCGUCAGUGACAAAGUUAAAAUGAUUCGACAUUAAUCGUUCCCGAAAUGGAGGUCGAUGUGUAACGGACCUAUGAUACAUAUUUGUACCAUCGACAAACUAGUGCUUUAAUAAUUGAUAUUCAAAUUUAAUUUAGUUUUGCUAACUUUUAAAUGAUAAUAAAACAAAUACCUUUACCUUUUAUUAAAAUAACUAUUAUUUUAAAUGAAAGAGGCUGAAGGGACUGGGAUUCUGCCUUUUACUAGUGAAGCGUGUGCUUAUUUGAUAUAAAUAAACAUUGAUAAACGGAUUUAAUCUGGGAAUCAAACAUAGCCAUUGAGCUCCAUGAGGUGGGAUAUCUGAGUGAUCUGUCAGAACGGGGAUGGGGAAAUUUAGCUUCUAUAACGAUACUUGACUGACCUGACAGACGUCAUUAAAUUGGCUGGAAAAUAGAGUAAACGUACUAAAUCCCGUAGAUUUCGAAUAGGGAAUGUCUUACACACGAAGUAUACAGCACUGGUCAAUACAAACAGGCUAGCCACUGGAGUAUUUGAAUCUAGAGGCAUGUCUGAAAAGGUGCUCCAUCCUGUUGCUAUGCCGCCAGAAUUCCGACCAACAUGCAAAUACUACGGACUAUAGGCAACCUGAAGGCGAUACCUACAGAUGAGCUCGAACACCAGACAGCUACACGAAUAAGUUGUAAUGGCUUAUACUAAUACUGAGAGACGACGAACGGACUAAUUAGAAAUACUCACAAAACGUCUUACUUGGUUAAGUCUUUGUCGAUAGUCUCCCAUCAGAUCUCCCUUGCAAUGCCCUACCCCUUUCAUCCAUUUCCUUAACCCAGUAUCCGGGUUUCAGCCAGAUUUGAGAUUUGAAUUUUGUCUUGUAUUUUCUUCAUUUAGGUGGGAAGGUUAUGUAUAUGUUAAUGAACAUGGUUGUACAGACAGCGAAGGUCAGGGUCACUUCAACACGCGGUCGUUACAUGUACCAUUUAGGUAUCGCAGAACUAAAUAUUUUAUAUGUUAUUAAUAUAGACUCCAUCCCUUUAUUCGCUCAUUUGAAUUUUGAAUAUCAAAUCAAAUCUAAUGUUGAAGUUUUUGCUACAUGAUAAAUGAUGUUAUUGUAUUGAUGCCAAAUAAGAGCACACAGGUACUCGAAAGACAGUAAUCCUGGCAUCUACAGUGCACUUGGUAACCCCAAUCUGGCGACUUCCCGUCAUUUUACACCCGAAUUCCUUCAUCGUUCUGUUUUAGUAGGAGUGUUUACUUUUGAUUUUCCAAAUCUCAAAACGCUGUUCUUUAUUCUCUUAUAUAGAAAAUACUAAUUCCAUAUGUAAGUUACUCAGGAAAACGGCUACAAACCUAAGGAACACAUUUUUUCCUGGACUUUGUUUAGGCGAAACAACAGCUGAUUUUGUUGUGCCAGAGGUAUCGGUUUUUAUGAUUAACCCCAAGUACUGCUUGUUUUUGCCUCGACUACGUAUGUUAUGAUAACAUGCAAUACUUAUGUUUUGGUGACAUACACAGAUAGUAAAUGAGCUAAGAAUUUCAAAAAACAUUAAAAAUAUUACGCACAAACCUGAAUUUAAGGGACGUUUUAACAUGUUUUGUUGAACACAGAUUUACAAUUUACAUGUCAAUAACAAAGCCCAUGGUUAGCCAUGGUACAUGUUGAAUUACGAACCUGUCAGACUGUAUCCCGCAGAAGCAAUAUGCUAAUUCCUCGUUCGACUCGGCCAUCGACGCCUCCUUCGCUCUCCUCUAUCUUUCCAUCAGGUUGCUGAUAUUUCUACUACUUAUUGUGGCGUUCGCUGCCGUGACCUCAUCUCUCGCUGAUUCCGUUUCCAGUGACCCAUUACCUAAACGCUACCAAGAGGAGUAUUGUCCGUUAUUUGAGUUUUUGUUGGUGAACUUGUCUUGCAUGUGUAUUGAUAGUCGUUGGUGAACUUGUCUUGCAUGUGUAUUGAUAGUCGUUGGUGAACUUGUCUUGCAUGUGUAUUGAUAGUCGUUGGUGAACUUGUCUUGCAUGUGUAUUGAUAGUCGUUGGUGAACUUGUCUUGCAUGUGUAUUGAUAGUCGUUGGUGAACUUGUCUUGCAUGUGUAUUGAUAGUCGUUGGUGAACUUGUCUUGCAUGUGUAUUGAUAGUCGUUGGUGAACUUGUCUUGCAUGUGUAUUUAUAGUCGUUGGUGAACUUGUCUUGCAUGUGUAUUGAUAGUCGUUGGUGAACUUGUCUUGCAUGUGUAUUGAUAGUCGUUGGUGAACUUGUCUUGCAUGUGUAUUGAUAGUCGUUGGUGAACUUGUCUUGCAUGUGUAUUGAUAGUCGUUGGUGAACUUGUCUUGCAUGUGUAUUGAUAGUCGUUGGUGAACUUGUCUUACAUGUGUAUUGAUAGUCGUUGGUGAACUUGUCUUGCAUGUGUAUUGAUAGUCGUUGGUGAACUUGUCUUACAUGUGUAUUGAUAGUCGUUGGUGAACUUGUCUUGCAUGUGUAUUGAUAGUCGUUGGUGAACUUGUCUUACAUGUGUAUUGAUAGUCGUUGGUGAACUUGUCUUGCAUGUGUAUUGAUAGUCGUUGGUGAACUUGUCUUGCAUGUGUAUUGAUAGUCGUUGGUGAACUUGUCUUGCAUGUGUAUUGAUAGUCGUUGGUGAACUUGUCUUGCAUGUGUAUUGAUAGUCGUUGGUGAACUUGUCUUGCAUGUGUAUUGAUAGUCGUUGGUGAACUUGUCUUGCAUGUGUAUUGAUAGUCGUUGGUGAACUUGUCUUGCAUGUGUAUUGAUAGUCGUUGGUGAACUUGUCUUGCAUGUGUAUUGAUAGUCGUUGGCGGCGAUUAAUUUAGUUCUUCGGGUCGAAGUUACUUUUUCAAAAUACAUUAUUUUUUCAGAACUGUGAAGUGUCGUAUUACGGUAAAGUUGAUAACAUUUACUAGUUGAGAAAAGUAUAAACAAAAAAAACACCUUUUUUUUUCAUUUUUUUUUUUUUCGUCGACGGAAUGCUCCCUCAAAACGAACGGCGCCAUGGCUAUAAUUAUCAAUCCGAUUCUCUUCAGGUUUAAUAGACUUGUGUACAGUACUGACAGAAGUGUUUUUUAUGGGUGAUAUUUUGUUGACUACACUCUGUCGCCUUCACAAUAACUGACUGAUGUAGCAGAGUGUAUCCACUGAAGCGUCAGAUAUUAAAACGAACACGGAUUAUCUUAUAGAAACGCAUAUUCACAUACAUAUGUACAAAAGGGGGAAAUCGAAUGGGAUUUAGUAUCAAAAUGGUACUAAGAGGCUGAUGGUACUCGCGUUUUAAAACGUGAUUUGUUCGUCUAAAUGAUCGACAGGUCGACCGUAAACACAUUUGUGAAGUUUUGGGGGGUAACUUGUUAGGAAAUGUUAACCGAUAAUUGGGAUAAACUGCCCGUGUAUGUUACUGUUUGGGUUUCAAAUUAAAUACAACAAACAAAGCUGAAUUCAAAAGCGUUGGCGUGUUAAAACGUUUUACGAAGCAUGUGACAAAGGAUCUCCGGCUUAACUGUGUUAACGACUAAGUUAUGAGUUUAGCCAUAUGUAGUGGUUGAAGAUGCGUAACUGAAACAUCACUUCAUUCAAUAAUCUGUUACUAAAUGCAUACAAAUACAAAAUUGUGUUUAUCUUGGCUUUUUAUAGUGGUUUUGCCGUUUUACUGAGUAGCAUUUCCAGAGAUUUUUUCUAUUUGUGAUACUUUUUUUUAUCUUGUUGAUAAGUUUUGACACAAGUGGUUACACAUGUUUUUGAAUUUGACAAAAAAUAUUUAAUGGUAACCUUGACGAAUGGAAGUUGAUGUGUUUUCUAAUUAAAUAAUAUCUGCUUAUCCGUAUGAUAACCUACCUGCAUAUUUUACUACAGUAUAAUUAUGUAAGAGGUCAAGACUACAUUACUUAUUUUGUGUAAUCUGUUACUUAAUAAAUAAUGGUUAACUU